AUGCCUAAAUACAUUCUGGAUAAUAAAUUAGAUAUUGAACAUUUAAUAACGGCUCGUAGUUUUCUCAAAAAAGCACUGCAAGAAGCCCAAAGCGAGUUGGAAAUUGCCGGCACUAUUCAGGCCUUUGAAGAUAGUUACGAAUUGGCUUAUAAAACUUGUCGAAAAAUACUUAGUUUGCGCGGAACUCAUGUUUAUACGGCCAAAGAAUGUUAUGCUGCAAUUAGAGAAAAGACAUUGACAAAUAAUUCAGCAGAUACUAAGUAUGCUUAUGGUUCCCGAGUAAAAGUAAUUAUUAUGACUAGAACAUUAAGCAUUGCUAUUAAAGAAAAUACUUAUCAAGACCUAAGGCAAAGAGUCGGAAUUGGGAAAAUAAGUUCUUUUGUUAAUCAAGCGGUCGAAAAAGAAUUGAAGGGGUUAGAAAAGGAGAAACAGAAAAAAAAAGAACAAUUGAGACAGCAACUAAUCCUCGCUCAUCAAAGAACAGCCAAAAACCAGAAGUUAAAGAAAGAGUUGGCAAGGAGAAAUCUGAUUAGUGAAAUUCAAAAAACCAAAGAAACACCUAAGACUUUUCGCCCCUGCUUGGUGAUUAGUGGUGAUAUUCAAAACGAGUUUAAUGACCUAAUAGCGGUAGUUCCAAUUACUACUGAGAAUGUUAAAAAAAUUGAACUCUUUGAAGUUUACUUGAAAAAUACUCCCGAAACAGGUUUAGACAAGCCCAGUAAAGUUCAGUUUAUUUUCCCCAUGACUAUUGAUAAAGAACUGCGCUUAAUAGGAAAACAAUGA